AUGCCCAGCUGCUCCAGAGGGCGUUGCUGCUCGAGGAGGCGGUGGCUUUCAAGAAGACGGCGUUCGACUGGUAAGCCCAGCUGUCCAGAAGGCGGUGCUGGACGAAGAAGCGGUGGCCGUCAAGAAGAUGGUGUUCGACUGGAAGGCCCAGCUGCUCCAGAGGGCGGUGCUACACGAGGAGGCGGUGGCUUUCAAGAAGACGUUGUUCGACUGGGAGGCCCAGCUGCUCCAAAAGGCGGUGCUGGACGAAGAGGAGGUGGCCGUCAAGAAGAUGGUGUUCGACUAGGAGGCCCAGCUGUUCCAGAGGGCGGUGCUACAGGAGGAGGCGGUGGCUUUCAAGAAGACGUUGUUCGACUGGGAUGUCCAGCUGCUCCAGAGGGCGGUGCUGGACGAGGAGGCGGUGGCUUUCAAGAAGGCGGUGUUCGACUGGGAGGCCUAGUUGCUCCAGAAGGUGGUGCUGGACUAGAAGGCGGUGGCUUUCAAGAAGACGGUGUUCGUUUGGGAGGCCCAGCUGCUCGAGAGGGUGGUGCUUGA